ACACACACACACACACACACACACCCCUCAGACACAUUAGACGGGGGAGGGUGGGGCGCCAGCAGCGAUCCCUAAUGGGCUCGGCCGUCCUCUGGUCCAUUUGCCCGAUGAAGACACAGCUCCUCCUGAUGCGUCUUCACAGGCUCACUUGUUAUUUUUUUCUCGCUUCAAGACUUUAACCUGAGAGGACGAACACGGGAGACGGACCGGGGACGAACAAGUAGGAUUCAGGGAGCUUUUUCCUUUCCUUGUCCCUUCUGUAACUGGAGUGUCUUUGGAUGCCUGGUCUCCGUCCCCUCCCAGCCGGCCCUGAAAGUUGACCCUCGGGAAGCAGGCGAGGUGCCGGGCCGGGAGGAUGCCGUCGCUGCACCACGGCACCAUCUUCAUCGGAGCCUUCCUCAUCGUGACCGGGGGCUCCACGGCCUUCCUGGUCUCCGCCCAGAGCCGCCUGCAGGCGUUCUCGCUGUGCUGCGUGGCGCUGGGGGUGGUCAUGCUCAUCCUGGGGCUCUUCUGGGCCAUGAACAGCAAGAGCGCCGCCAACUACAACCACGGGGAGUUCGACCCGGAGUGCCCCCACUACCCGUACGACUACCCCAACUUCGGCAGCCAUGCCCUCUUCACCCCCCCGGGGAGCCGCUUCCCGGAGUCCCAGUCGGUGUUCCUGCCGAGGUGGGUUGUGGAACAAAAGCCUUAUUCAAGUGUAUUUAAUGAUUUGUCUGUCCUGUAUUUGUACAGAAAACUAGUCCAUUUAACCAGAAUAUUCUUUUUAAUGAAGACACUAAACCCGCUAAUUAUACACAAGAUAUUAUUUGUCUUCAGAGAUGCAUCUGUUCAUAAGAGGUGUGAACAUAAACUCCACUAAAGUAGUUCUGCUUGAAUAUGGACGUAUUCGUCCCCUGAUGACAAAAUCCUCUACUGGGAGUUUCCCAUUUACACACCAAUGAAAUAUGACGACAGAGGAGACAGUUAAAGAAAUGAAUUCAUGUGAUCACUUCAGGAAAUACACCUGCUUUCUUUGCUAAAAGGUCCGAUGAAAACCUCAUACCAGUCUGUCACGUCACAGUGAAGACCGAUGAUGACAAACACGCACACACACAUUUCUACACAAAAUCCAUUUACUGAGCAGCACAUAAACCACCUCAUGUCAUAUUUAAUAUCAAACGUAUGUUAGUUACCAACAGCUUCCUGUCUGGAAACAGUGGAACGACUACAAAGAGACUAAAGACGACUACAAAGAGACUAAAGACGACGACA